AUUCGAUCAAAUCCAAAAUAGUCUGUAUUAGUAAAGAGGGUUCAGUAAAGUGCGGAAAUGUCGAGUAAAUUGUUAAAAAUUGGUUUUAUUGGGGGUGGCAAAAUGGCUCAAGCCAUGGCCAAGGGAUUUAUAUCUGCAGGUUUAGCAAAAGGUGAAACAAUGAUCUCCAGCUGCCAUCCAUCUGACCUGGCCUCUGCGGCUGCUUUUAAAGAAUUGGGCGCUAAAUCUAUAUUUGAAAAUGUCCCAGUAGUACAAGAAUCUGAUGUUGUAAUAGUAUCAGUAAAACCCACAAUUGUACCAAUAGCUCUUGGAGAUAUUUCCAAAGCAAACAUUAAAGCUGACAAACUAUUUUUGUCCAUUGCUAUGGGGGUGUCAACUAAACAAUUAGAAAAAAUUUUACCCAGUGAAUCCAGAGUCAUAAGAGUGAUGCCAAAUACUCCUGCUUUGGUAAGAAGUGGGGCUUCCGUUUUUGUAACAGGUUCAAAAGCUACAGAAGAUGAUGCCGUUAUAACCAAAAAAUUGUUGCAAUCCAUUGGAACUUGCGAGCAAGUACCAGAAUAUUUAUUGGACCCAAUUACAGCUUUAAGUGGAUCUGGACCAGCCUAUAUUUACGUUUUAAUCGAAUCCCUGGCUGACGGAGGCGUAAAAAUGGGAUUACCGAGAGAUUUAGCCUACAGAUUAGCUUCGCAAACAGUUCUAGGAGCAGGAAAAAUGGUCAGAGACACCAAAGUACACCCAGGACAGUUGAAGGACGACGUUACUUCGCCAGCAGGUUCGACCGCUGCAGGAUUACACUUUUUAGAACAAAAAGGAUUCCGGGCAGCAGUAAUAGGGGCAAUUCAGGCUGCUACCGAAAGAUGUCGCGAGGUCGGAAAAGAGGAGGCCAAAUAAAUAGUUCUUGAACAAUGGACUGAUUAGAUUUUAGUUUUGUACAUACAUAUUUAUAUGCCAAAAUAUAUUUAGGUUUUUUAAAUAUAUUUUAUUUUACAAAAAUUAUUAUUGAGAGUUAGGUUAGGUAGAUCUGAC